AUGGCGCGCUCCAAGUACACCGUGGCCGUGCUCCUCGCCCUGCUGGCCAUCGUCGCGACGCUGCAGCCGUCCGAGGCGAGGGUCCAGCCCGCCGCCGCCGCAAACCAAGAAGAAGCCACAGCCACCACCACGGCCGAUGGAGGCUCGCCAUCUCUUCCCGGCCUGCCGCUGCCUCAGAUCCCCGGCAUGCCUAGCCUACCACCGAUAUUCCGCUCCCUUUUCCCGCCACUGCCCCAGAUCCCCGGCUUGCCGCCGCUGUUCGGGCCGCUCCCUGGUGGUGCACCGGGCACCCCUCCAUCUCAUGCACCGCCGAGCCUCCCACACCUCCCGCUUCCCACCGGCUCGCCAAGCCCGCCGUCGCCGAAGGAGUGCCUGACACCAUUGACGGCCAUGAUACCGUGCAUGGACUACCUCACCAACAUCACGGUGUUCUCGCCACCGGACGCGUGCUGCGACGGCCUCAAGUCGGUCGUCAGCACCGCGCCGAUCUGCCUCUGCCACGGCCUGAACAACAACGGCGGCAUGAGCAAGCUCUUCCCCAAGCCCAUAGAUCCGAUCCGCAUGAUCAUCCUCCCGCUUAGGUGUGGCGCCAUGAUACCCAUCCAGACGAUCUUCUCCUGUGGCACCCAACCCUUGCCACCGUUGACGCCUCCUGCCAUGACUCCGGCGCCUCACGCUGCAUCUCCAGCGCCAUCACCAUAG